AUGAUGUCUCGGCUCAGCCAGAUUUGUGCAUUUGUCGUGCUAUUGCUUCAUUUUAUUGGUAUCAGUGCACAAGGUGCAGGUGUUUCAUCUCAAGUUAUUGAUCUAAAUGAUAAGUUCCUUCAAGUCAAACACGAAGGUCUUUGGUUUGUUGAGUUCUAUGCGCCGUGGUGUGCUCAUUGUAAACGUUUAAUGCCAAUAUGGGAGCAUGUGGGACAUGCACUGGCGGAUCGUAAUUCACCGGUUAGAGUCGCUAAACUGGACUGUACUCGUUACACAACUGCCGCAUCCACACUCAAUAUUCGUGGUUAUCCGACUAUUAUAUUUUUCCGAAAUGGUCAAGAAAUGGUAUACGAAGGAGAACGAAAAAAAGAGGCCAUGGUUGAUUUCGCGGUGAAAGCAGCUGGACCGAUUGUUGGAGUCAUUGGAAGUGCAUCGCAACUCUCUCAGUUGAGACACUCAACAAAAGAACCGUUUUUCGCAUUCGUCGACUCAUCUGAUGAAAUGGAGUCGACACAAUUAUACGAUGAAUAUAGAACACUUGCUCAACGCCUCUUCUCUUCAUCCUCUUUCUAUCGUGUCCUACACCAGUUUCUUCCUCAAACUAUUGCAAUCCCACGUCUCCCGACUGUUGUCGUUUUCAAGGAUGCUACUUUCGCCGUAUUCAAUUCGCAAAAAGGUGUAGAUCUGAGUGAUUGGGUGAAUGCCGAACGUUGGUCAUUGAUGCCACUGGUAGCAUCAAGCAAUAUCAAGGAAAUGGGUAAUACUAAACUUUUAGUACUGUCGGUGAUAAACAUGAUCGAAAGGAAAAAUGUUUCAACCUCAGUUGGCAGGUUCUAUGCAAUGAUGACGAAAGCAGCAAAGUUGAUUCGCGCAGAUGAACGAUUGAAUCCUGUUUAUCAAUUUGGUUGGAUGGACGGCAGUGAAAUGGCUAACAGCAUUGUGUUGGGAGCAGUCAAUCAACCUGAAUUGUUGGUGUUCAAUGUAAGCAGUUAUGAAUACUACCUAAGUGGUGAUCUCUCAACGGAACUUACCGAGAAGAGUGUCAUAUCAUUUUUAGAACGGAUUGUUGCGGGCGAUGUGCAAGCAAUGGGUGGACGUAGUAUUUCGCAGCGAAUUAAACGAAUCGCCUAUGAGGUAACAACGAAUGUUUAUGAAAUGUUUCGUGCGCAGCCUUUGCUGACCGUCUGCUUGUUUGGUGUACCACUCGCGUUUCUCUCUCUUAUCACUUACUGCAUUUGUUCGACUGACUUCACGGUUGAUCGUGAUGAGAUUUACCCAGAAGACGAUGAUGAGGAUGACGAUAUUGAUUUAUCGGAUGCCGAAAAUCAUCAGAAAGCUGACUGA